AUGUGGUUGGAUCGAUUGGUCGGUGCCGAUGACGUUGGCACCCAGAUCUCGGUCGUUUUGAUGAAGGAUUCGACCGAUGGUGAGGUCUGGUGUGGCUUGGCACAUGGCCAAAGAUUUCGUUUUGGUGGUGGGACCUCAUACAAGGUGGGGGAUAAGAUGACCUUUCAUUGCUGGAUUGUCACAGGGUUUGGAGUUGAUGGGGAUGUCCUCUUGAACCCCAGCAGUGAUAGUGCCGUUUUCUCAUGUGGUCCCGGAACAGCCGAUUCACGAACCACUUUGUCAUGCUGUAGUGGCCUCGGUGGCAUUAUUCUUGGAAGCUCCUGGGCUGGCUUUGCUACUCAGGGAAUGAAUGACAUCAGCCCCUUGGCUUCGAAAUCGCUUGCGGCCAAUUUUGGGCCGGGGGUUGUCACAGGUGACUUGGCCUGUCCUCGAGUCGCCAGGGAUUUGCACCAGCUGUGUGAGGGAAUUUCGCCAAUCCUGGAGGCUGGCUUCCCAUGUCAGCCUUACAGUGUUUUAGGUGAUCGUCGAGGAUCCGCUGACGAGAGGGCCGCGGUCCUCACCUCCAUUCUUAGGUUGGGAUGGCUGACCCAAUGCGGGGGAGUAGUACUUGAGUGCGUUCCAGGAGCUAGUGCCGAUCAGUGGGUUCGUUCGACUUUGUCAGCAUUCGCCACCAAGAUGGGGUUCCAGACCUCGGAUGGCAUCCUCCAUUUAGAACGAUUCUGGCCUUCCAGGCGUUCUCGCUGGUGGUGGGUUGCAACACCAUCAGCAUGGAAGUCGAUUGAGAUCCAUGAUCUCCCAAGAAGCGGCUGGCAGAAGCUUAGUGACAUCCUCAAAGAGUGGCCUGUUUGGGAUGUCGAGACGGAAUCCUCCCUUCAAUGGACACAGGACGAGUUGAAGUACUUUCGUGAUGUUCGCUUUGGGCCUGACUCCCGCAGGCUCAACAUGUCAGGGCAAGCUCCGACGGCAUUGCACUCCAUUGGUGCGCACUUUCGCGCCUGUCCAUGUGGCUGCAGAGGUGGAAAAUUUUCAGAUGCUCGUCUUGCACAGGGAGGAUUGCACAGCAUCGAGAUCCGCUCAGCACGUGACCCGACAGUUGCUCGACACCCUCACCCGCAAGAGCUCGGCUUCUUGCAAGGCAUCGAUUUGCGCUACCGAUAUCAGGAUCCUCCUGUUGACCAACUCUGCCUCAUAGGCGAUCAGCCGAUUUGGGAAUCCAGCACUUUUGAGAUUGGCACUUUGCUGCGUGGUGGAGGUGGCCCUACUCUCACUGCUUUACAGCACAUCCUCAAGAGCCCGGAUAUGUUCGAGCGCGAUGUUUUGAUCAAAAGGACACAACAUCAUGUGGUGCCAUUGCCCUUCUUCAUUUGGGAUGGAGGUUCCAUGGUGGAGGACGCAGUGAGGUUCAAACUGCAGUUGGAGAGUGGCUGUCGCCAUUUCUUAUUGCCAAAGGUGUUCCUGCGAGCGCUGUUGAUGAUCGCAUUGCCCAGGCUCGAGGGAAGGAGCAAUGGGGAGCGAGCAUUGAUAUUCCCAAACGGAAAGGCAGAGGCCAGACUCGAAAGAAUGAGCCAGCUCUUGACACACUCGUUGACCCUGGGAAGCUCAUCCUUGUCAAAGGUGUCCUGCAAGGUGGUGGUCAUGAGAUCGGGCAACUUGCUUUGUCAGAAGUGCGAUCAGGAGCCAUUGGGGCAGCUUUUUGUAGACCUGACGACGCCACGCAUUUUUUUGCAAGAGAGAAAGUCUUUGAGCGUUGGCCCCCUGGCACUCCUCAUCAUUGGAAGUGAACACAUUGAUGAUAAUCGCGUCCAUGCUUUGACUGUGCCGGCUCGGUACGCCCCUUCCGGAGCUCCAGUUCUUGUUCAAUGCAGGGCAUUGCAACUUGGCGAUGUCAAGAUCGAAGAAGCUGGAGGCCCUGCGCCUGAGGUUGGCGUGCUCCCGACAAAGGUCGUCCGGAUCCAGAUUUUCCGUGAUGAGUUUGAUGGUGAUUGGGAGGCUUUCACGAAGAAACCAGUUCGUGCUUUGAUCGAUCGACUUGAGCCUUUGCAGUUGUGUCGUGAGGCUGGUUGCACAUCCUCGUGUCACAAAUACCACCCGACCGUAGAGGAGAACGGUGUCGAGAGCGCUGUAGUUGAUCUUUGGGGCAAUCGUUGGGCAUCACACGAAGGCAAGCGAGGUGAAGCCAGCGAGGCUGAUGUUUUUUCUCUCUUUGUUAGGAUUCCUGAAUCAGGCUUCAAUGGUUUGCACAAAGCUUCCGGCCAGGGUGGCAUUUACAUUGAGCCUAGGCUCACUGAUGGUGCUGGGACUGAUGGCGCUUACGCAGUCAUCUGGCUUGGCCAUCUCUCCGGCCAACAGGUCAGGCACAUCGUCAAGACCGAAGAGAAGGCUAUUGCGACCACCAGACUUGGCAAGAGGUUUGGCAUCCGUGUGCGUGAAGCCAAUGCUAGCACAGGCAGCAAAGCCUGGGAGAUCGGAGCUCGCAAAGAGCCACCAUCCGAAGUCUUGAAGCUUGCAAGUGGAUUUGUCACAGUACCGUCAUCUAGUGACGCCCAUGGAGCUGUCAACACCAAGAUCCAGGAAGUUGAAAACCGGGUGCGUGAACAGGUUGAGAGCAGCCUGAAAGCCCACAUUGGUGACCUAGUGCAGAAGGAUGAAGAUAUGACAAGCCGAGGGGCUGAUGAUGAGCGACUGACCCGGCUUGAAGAUGAAAUCGUUGAGCUGCGGGAGCAAGGUGCCCGAUUUGAAGAGUGGUUCCAACAGGCAGGUGCGGUUGCAAAGGAGCAGCAGGCCAGAUGGGAUCAUUUCGACCAGCAGUUGCAAAGCCAGGCUGACUUUGGCAAUAAGCUUGCGCAGUCACAGCUCGACAAAUCCUUGGACCAGUACUUUCAGAAGCAGGGGACUGCGAUUUCCGGUCGGGGUGACUCUCCUGUCAGUGUCCCAUCUGAUGACGAUGAUGCACCAAGCGAUCAAGGUGCCAGUAUGCUUGAUGAGUUGGAAUUCAUUCCAUGGACCAUCGGGGAACUCGGAGAACUUUUGCUUGAGCCAAUAAGCAAGGAGAUUGUCCUCAGCAAAGGUGGACUCAGAGCUGUGAUGGGCGACUUUAAUGCGGCGCCCGGUACGCUGAGUGCUCACAAACUCUGGCGUCAGUGCGGCUGGGUUGAGGUCCAGGAGGAGCUUUUUGCACGCUUCGGAGUCGAGCCGUCCCCAACUUGCAAGGGAUCCUCGCGUCCAGACCAAAUCUGGGUAUGCCCUGAACUAGCAAGACUACUGACAGCCACCGCUGUUGUUCCCAUUUUCCCGGAUCAUGAUCUCUUGCUGGCAAAGUUCCAUGUUCCCAAUGAUGUGGCCUUCGAACGCCACUGGCAGAUGCCCACCAAGCUGCCUUGGCAUGCAGUCGACAAGCCGGCUCUUGAAGCCAAACUUGACACUUUAGAGGCCCCCAGCACCUCAGAGGACCCCACCACAGAGUUGAAACGAUGGGCAAGACGUGUCGAGGCUUGUGUUCGGGAUACGGUUGUUGAUGCCAGCAUCCAGUUGAUCAGGGUUGCUCAUCCCUUCCCUGAAGCGGGCGCUUUGAAAUGGACCCUUGAAGGGGUUGAUGCAGUGGUUACCCCAGCCGCCGACGGCUACAUCGUGGAGUCAGACCUUCUGUUGAUUGACGGCCAACGCCUGUCUUGCAAGGUCCUUGUUGAUGAGAUUGCAGUGAUUCACGAUCGCCUUCUUCGACUUUGGAACGCCAGGUGGGGCAAGCAUCUCAACGUCCCUGAUGACCACUGGCAUCGCAUUGUUUCUUUUGCCGCCAAUUUUUUGCCUCGAGGCCAUUGCCCUUUGCCGGCCAUAAGCUUUGACGUUUGGAUUCAGGCCGUCAAAUCCUUCAAGACUUUUGCCGCUCGGGGCACCGACGGUAUAGCUAGGGAGGACCUCCUUUCCCUUCCUCGCAAAGCUUGUUUGGACUUGAUCGAGUUUUUUCACAGAGCCGAACAGGGCCAAGGUUGGCCAGACCAAUGGCUGAGGGCGCACAUGCAUUGCCUGGCCAAAAAGGAUGAUGCUGAGGACGUCGGUUCUUACAGACCGAUCACUCUUUUUUCCUUGGCCUACAGGGUAUGGGCUGGCAUAAGAGCAAAGCAAAUUUUGAGUUUCUUGGGACUGUUUCGCUUCGAGCAUCAGAGUGGUUUUCUUCCGCAUGCAAUGGCCUCAGAUGUUUGGUUCUUUGUUCAGGCGGAGAUAGAAACUGCCUAUGCGACUGGCAGCCAGCGGUGUGGUCUCGUUGCUGACUUGGUCAAAGCGUAUAACACCAUUCCAAGACUCCCUGUCAAGUGUUUUCUGAACACUGUUGGAGCUCCUGAAGCAUUGACAGCCUGUUGGCAUGAUUUCCUCGGAGGUUUGAAGAGAUGCUUUGUGGUGCGUAACUCAGUGUCAGAUUCUGCGCUUAGCUUCACUGGGUAUCCCGAGGGCUGCCCUUUGUCAUGCUGCGCCAUGGUCUGCCUGGACAUAGCAUGGCAUGCGUAUCAGCAAAAGUUUGCACCUGUGGUGCAGCAUUUCUCGUUCGUAGACAACCUCGAGCUUGUUGCUUCCGAUGUCCGCAGCCUCAUUCGAAGUUUCUGUGUGAUGGAAGAGUUUAGUCGCAUUUGCGACCUAGAGAUUGAUCGUCCUAAGUUGUACAGUUGGGCUACUAGUUCCACCAACAGAAGAGCUCUGGAGGCAGGUGGCUUUAGGAUCCAACUUGAGGCAAGAGACCUUGGUGGCCAAGCCAAUUACAGCGCCAAGUCCUUUGUGAAGACUAUCACCGCCCGCAUUGACGGCAUUCAGAGCUGCUUUUCCGAUCUGCGAAAGUCCACCCUUGACACGUGGGCGCGAGUACGUUGCCUGUCGAACGCGCUAUGGCCCAGAGCGCUACAUGGUUGCGAAAGCGUUCGUUUGGGCGAGGGACACUUCGCUAAGCUACGGUCAGGGGCCAUGACCGCCUGCAGGUGGAAUAGACCUGGCUCUUCGCCAUGGGUGAGGAUCGCAUUGUUGAAAACAGAAAUUCUUGACCCCGAAUUUUUUCAACUGUGGCGUUCUUUGUGGCUUAUUCGGCGCCAGUGUAGCACCAACCACAAACUCCGGGCACUUUGGGCUCUUUUCAUGACUAGCGCACUGGCCUCUAAGGCCCAGGGCCCUUUCUCAAAGCUCGUGCAUUUGCUCCAUGACAUUGGCUGGUCCAUCAAUGAGCAUUUCUGUGUUGAGGUGCCGUAUGGUUUUCAGUUUAAUCUCUUGGAAUGUAGCGAAGCUGAGCUCAAAUGCCUGGCUGCCUACUUUUGGCGACAAAAGGCAGCAAAGCAUGUCAAGGGGCGGCGGAGUCUCGCCGAUCUUGAUGGCUAUGAGGCGGCCCAUGCCGAACAGUUCGAUCGAUCCCUGUCUCGAAGUGACUGUGAACUUCUUUGCAUAGUCCGUGACGGUGGUCAUUUCACUAAAGACUGCAUCUCUCACUUCAGCUCCGAGUCUGGGUUGUGUGACCUUUGCCAAGUAGAGGAUAGCAGAGAGCACCGCUUCUUGACAUGUCCCAGGUAUGUUGGUGCACGUGAGCAUUUUCCUGACCUGGCCUCAAAAUGGUGGGCUUUAAAGGAUUCCCUGGCGCUGCACGGCCUUACAAGUGCGAAUCCGUUUAAGCCCUUGUACUGGCAGGCUCUUUUUGCUUUACAGAACUACGAAAUUGAGUUCCGUUUCCCUCCUCCGGCAUCCGAUUGCUGGAUGAUCUUCACAGACGGCAGCGGAAGCAACCAGCAGAACAAAGAACUUGCUUUGAGUGCAUGGGCGGUCAUUUCCGCCGACGAGGAUGACAUCGUUUGCUCUGGCUGGACGCCAGGCCUCAUUCAGAGUGUACCACGGGCGGAAACUUGGGCACUUCUUGCAGCCGUCCGUUGGGUCUCCAACGAAAAGGGAAAUGCCCACAUCUGGAUCGAUAACCAAGGUGUUGUUGAAGUUGGCAGAAGUCUGAUUAGUGGAUUUGACUUGCCAGACGAAGUCGAGAACGAAGACUUAUGGAGGCCGAUGGGACUGGCUUAG